GUGUCCAGCAAGUGCCAGACAUCUGCCAAGUCCUCGUGCCAAAAACUUUUCACGCACAGACGAAUGCGUAAGUCAAGAAGUCCAUCUCCAGGAGUGAUACAUUACAGGGAUCCCAAUAAACGUUUCCAUUGUGCACGUCCAGAGCAGGUCUAAAAUCGUCAGUGGAAUAAAACCAAAGGCACUGGAAAGGUUCGGGUGGUGAGGAUGGACCGAGCCCCAAGCUCCAGCCCAAGUGGCACAAGUCAAACAUCACAACCUACCCAACAUGAACCCAUCAGCUUCGGCAUUGAUCAGAUUCUCAGCGGUACCGAUCAAGAGUCACAACAGAACUCAACGAGGAAUAAUUCCGAGACCAGCAGUAGUUCGAGCGGAGGCAGUUACCAUCUCGGCAGUCCAACGGGAGACAGCGCGACGCCUUACACGACGCUAACCGGCACAUUUUACGGUCUCGCGGGUCAAUAUGAGGAGUCCAGUCCAUAUGGAGUGAACUUGACCCUUGCGGCCGGAGGAGUGAUUAGGGUCCCGGCUCACAGGCCCUUGGCCGCAGCCGUGCCCCCACCCAUGGCCAGCGCGGUACCCGGACUUGGGAGCCUCAGUUUUCCCUGGAUGGACAACAGCCAACACUUUGCAAAAGACAGAUUUGCAGCAGCCCUUACACCUUUCACUGUGGCUCGGCGUAUUGGUCAUCCGUACCAGAACCGCACACCACCUAAGAGAAAGAAGCCCCGCACAUCCUUCUCUCGAGUGCAGAUCUGUGAGCUGGAGAAACGCUUCCACAGACAAAAAUACCUGGCCAGCGCUGAGCGAGCUGCCCUGGCCAAAACUCUGAAGAUGACAGAUGCCCAGGUCAAAACCUGGUUUCAGAACCGCAGAACCAAGUGGAGACGACAAACAGCAGAGGAAAGGGAAGCAGAGCGUCAACAGGCCAAUCGGCUGAUGAUCCAACUCCAGCACGAUGCCUUCCAGAAGUCCUUGACUGACUCAGUUCCAUCUGACCCACUCUGCAUCCACAACUCAUCACUGUUCGCCCUGCAGAAUCUACAGCCUUGGGCCAGUGACGAGAGUGGCAAGCUUGGGGGAGUGACAGCACUUGUAUGAGUAUCAGAAUUCAAGAAGAAACAUUCUAGUUCUUUUUUGAAGGUCAAAGACGUUCAUUGACUUUAUCUCCGUCCAGCUGAGAGACUUUAUCAUUCCACAGAAACGUGAUGAACUCAUUUUGGCCAUCCACUAAACUCAUAUAUAUAAAAGGUAACUGCAUUUUUGGAGUCUCUGCAGAAUAAAUGAUGGCCGUAUGUGUGUGCAUAGAGGCCUUUUCCCAUCUGGAUCAGUUUCAAAGACACAACCUAUAGAAAGGAACAGUCCAUCUCAGCUGACCCUUAAGCUCUCUACUAGCAUACUGACUUGUUCUCCAUCAUCCUUCCAUUUGCCCAUCUGCACCUCUGUCUUGUAGCUCCACCACUCAGAGCCAUAGAAUACAGGAUUAAUGCAGAAGAGGAAAGUAUCAAGCAAUUAAUUAUUUAUAAUGCACAAAUAGGCACACUCAUCAUCUGCCAAGUCAUAUGUCCCUCUCAUGCAGGCAACUCUGCUUUUAUUGUCAACUUGGAUAGUACAAUAAUUUUUAACAGUAAUUUAAUAACUCUCAACAUUCUUUUUGAGGUCCAAGGGCUAACCUGCUACCCCCCAUUUGGGUAAAUCGCAUGAAUUGUCCAGCUCAUACAGGGUGGAAGCAAUUUACUUUAUUAGAUUUAUUCAGCAGCUACAGAGGAGUUUCACAGAUCAGAGGAGACACUCGUACAUGCUUUGAUUGUUGAGUGUUAUGUGUUUUAGGGAAAGAGUACAAUUGAAAUGAAAGAUUUACAUUGAAGUCGUUCAGAUGCCCCAGUGAUGUAGGUGCCUGUUGUAUCCCAAACUGUGUAUCAUACUUUGUAUUUGAUAAAUAUGUAAAUAGCAGACAAAAAGUAAUAAACAUUCUGUUUUGGCAUUAACACAAAAUGUGUGCUCUGUUUAGUUUGCCAUUACCCUAAUGUUCUUGGUUGAGGUAGAGGAGCACCAAUUUUCCAAAUCCCUAAGCAGCACAACAUACUUUUGGAGGUCCAGCCAAGCCCACCACCCUGCUUUGCAACUUGACUGACAAAUAAACACUAAGCCAUUGUAGUUGGCUGUAGUCGAUUAUGCCUGCCACAGCAAAGAAGCACUUACGUCCUCAAGCAGAUAAAUGUGGGAUCCUGAGGGACCAUAAAAAUGCCUUUAUGCCCUCUGCAGCCAACCCCCUCCUGCCAAAGUGCUGACGAUCAGGAACUGACCUGUUUUAAAUGGUUGGGUGGGGGUAAAUGGAGGGGUGUCCAUUAUAAAGUGAUUUAACAGACUCCUUACAUUAUGAUGUUGUCAAAGCCUCCGCAGGGUAAACCUGUGGAGUUCUGCCACGGCUCUUUGUGGACAGAUGGUUUGUAGUGACCUGUGUUGGGCCCGCUUUGACUGCAGAGGGUGAGAUGCGUACAGUUGAGUCAGGACUGUCUGGGAGGGCCUUCAGUAAUAUAGACUGAAUGCUUAGGAUAAUUUACACAGGAAGCAUUCCUGGCUCCUUGCCACAUCUACAGCAAUUACAUCCCUUUUAAGGUCGCUCAACAACAGAUUGAUUUGUAAAGGUAAUUCGUGGUGUUUCGUGCCCUCUGCUGGAUAUUUCGUGCAAGUGACCCUUUAUGGAGGUUAUUUAUGCAGCCUAGCAAGACUCAGCCAAAGAUUUAGAUACAAAUGAAAAUGGUGUUAAAGACGUAGCACAACAAUUCAGAGGUACAGCAACACCAAAACACUUUUUGAAUGCGAGACACGAUGCUCAAUCUCCACAUUUCUGACCAUGCGCGAAAACUCACUAUUAACAUAUUUGCCUCAAUUAAUAAUUCAGAUUUCUUCUUCAUAACAACCGUGAAAACAAACAACUUUAUUGGUAUAUAUACACUUAACAGUUGAGAAGAGCCGCCCGAUUUAACUGUUAAAUUCAGUGUUUUGAAAAUGACAUCUUUUCAGCUCCGAGGGAUAAUUGGAUCGUUAAGUGUCCAGUCCAUCCACA